CGCCCUCCUCAGCCGGUAACUCGCCUUGGACUAGCCAAGGACCCGACGGCACUCCACCACUGUUGCAGCAAAAGUGCAGGCAAAAAUGUGGGUUUUUGGUUACGGGUCCCUAAUCUGGAAGGUGGAUUUCCCGUAUCAGGACAAGCUGGUCGGAUACAUCACAGGCUACAGCAGGCGCUUCUGGCAAGGCAGUACAGACCACCGUGGAGUCCCCGGCAAGCCUGGAAGAGUUGUGACUCUUGUUGAAGACUCUGGGGGUUGUGUAUGGGGUGUUGCUUACAAACUGCCAGUAGGAAAGGAAGAAGAAGUGAAAGCAUACCUUGACUUCAGAGAGAAAGGAGGCUAUAGGACCACGACAGUCACUUUUUACCCAAAAGAUCCCACUACAAAACCAUUCAGUGUGUUGCUAUAUAUUGGAACAUGUGAUAAUCCUAAUUAUCUUGGCCCUGCACCUCUGGAAGACAUUGCUGAACAAAUUUUUAAUGCAGCUGGUCCAAGUGGAAGAAAUACAGAAUAUCUUUUUGAACUUGCAAAUUCUAUUAGGAAUCUUGUGCCAGAAGAAGCUGACGAGCAUCUUUUCUCUUUGGAAAAAUUAGUAAAAGAACGUUUAGAAGAAAAACAGAACUUCAGUUGCUUAUGAAGACCUGAUCAUUGAUUUUUCCAGAGAAGCAGAACUUUCAGUCUUCAGAGAAUAGUUUCACUGUACAAUGACAGUAUGAUUUGGAAACGUAUUUACUUGGAAGAUGUCAUUUAUUUUUAAUGUUGCAGUCAAGAUAUCAUCACAAUCUGUAGUUUAAUUGCAAAUGUCCUGAAAUGCAUAUGUAUUCAAAAUAUUAGGGUAUAAUUAAAGAAAAAAUUCAAGUUUUAAUAAUAUAAUGAUUCCAUAACUAUAUGACAAUGAACAAUUGCUAGUAAGAAGUGAGUUCCUUAAAAAAGAAAUACAAUGAAAGACUCAAUUCACAACUUAUUUUUUUCUCAGAGUAAAAACAAUUUUGUUUCAUAUCACAGUACUAUUUUGAAGUUAUAGAGAAUUACACUAAAAUUGGUCCACAACAUACAAGAAGGUAUACACUUAAUAUAUUCCUAUACAAUAAUUCUAUAACCAUGGUUUAAAAAUAUACAAGCUUAAAAUAAUGUGUAAUUAGAAAUAUAUAGUAAGAUAGAUAAGAUUUCAGUCUUUUUUAAAAUUAUUUUAUUGUUGUAAAAUUUCAGUCUUGAUUGUGAAUUCCUUGUUGAGGUAUUAAAUAAUACCCUUUCCAAUUUAAGCCAAAAAUUUGUAUUUUUAAUAUAAAAAUUUCCUUGGAAUUAUAAUGUACUAUACUUCUCCUUUUUGAAUAAAUGUAUUUUACUACACAGAAAAAAAAACUCAUUCAGCUAAAAAGCACAAAUUACAUAACAUAAAUCCACUAGGAAUGUAGUCUGUCAUUUACUUUGUAUUAAUCUUAUACUGAAAUUUUUUUAAAGAUGGGUUUUCUUUUUUCUUUCUUUUUUUUGGGGUUCUGAUACGACAAAUAAACAUAUAAAGUGAAGGUCUGGUGUUUGAAAUGGCUUUUAGAAUUGUAAAUUUUUUAGGUAAGAAAUGGCAUGACCUGAUCAUUUGCUAGGUCAUGUGCUACACAGCUUUUUUUCCCUCCUGUCUUGUAGCCUAAACAAAGGUAGCCACUGAAUAGUGUUGAUGAUGCCACUCAAGCAAGAAUUAUCCAUAGACAUUAUUAAUUCGUGUAGAAUUAGCCCUGAUUCAAACUAAUCAGAUUACUUCUAAUUAUAAGUGAUUUCUUCCUCAUUCAGUCUCUAAAAAUCUUUCAAUAUGAAAAGAAUUUCAGUAUCCUAUAAAUCUAAAAGAAACUUAAUAAAAAUUCUCCAAACCCAGGCAUAACUAAAUACAGAAUAAAAAUAAAGCUGUCCUACAUAGUAGGAACAGUAGUCCUUUUCAUGUUUUUCUAUUUAUUAACAUCUUACUUUGUAAUUUACUCAUCUAUAUAGCUUUUUAAAUGUUUCCCAACAUUUUCAACAUUAGUUUUCCAGAAGACUUUUCACGUGUCCUGUGCAACAAGAAAAGUACUAACAUUCAAUAAUGAAUAUCUAAACAGGAUAUUCCAGGCACCUUACAUAUGGAAGCAUUUUCUCAAUAAAAUGCCUGUAAGCUUGUUUCAUAGUAACCUGCAUACAAGUACUAAUAAGUAGCAGAAAUCCAGGUUUCUCUGACUCAAGCACAAGAUCUUUCUACAAUAUAUUUCAAAAACCACCUGACCUUAACCAUCUUCACUACCCUGAAUCUUCAGGAGGUGUAAAAGAUUGUUUUGUAUAGUGAAAUAGUAUAUAAUUUGUUACAUAAAGAUGUUAGAGGUAACUGUGGUAGCCACUCCCUCAAAUAUAAUGGACCUAUCCAGUAUUCACAUGCUGUAAUUCACAAUCACAUAGGUGAAUUCAAAGAUUUAGCCUUUUAUUUUACAAACAAACCUAGGUCCAAAGGAGCUGGCGACUCCCCAGUGAUUCUACCAUAUCACUUAUAACUGUUAACAAAACAUCAAGGGGGAGGGAUUACUUUGUGAUCCCCAUGUAUAUUCCUUUCCAGCUUCCAGUUAUAAAUUAGAUAAAAUAUAUUAACAUAAUGUGGUAUACCAUCGACAUUCAUCGGGAGGCCCUGUACCAAAAGGACUAGGAACACGGAUAUUUAUUUUCAUUGAAUAGGGUAAAAUGUGACAAAAAUGGAGAAGUUAAACAAUACUGAAUUAAAGAGAAGCUACAAUUUGGAGACUCCAAAACGGAAAGAAUCAUAACAGAGACAUAUAACAAAAACAAUCAUAAGAGCUUACUUUUGUUAGCAAAACUGUCUCUCUUCACUGCCCCUAGAACUCACUUUCAAAACAUUCUCAUUGUAACCUAAUAACACACACAAAACUGAGGCUCUCAUUUCUCAGAAUAUUAAAGAGGUCAAAAAGCCCAUUACAUUUUUCUUCCAUAUGAUGGUUCUAACAGGGCUUAGCUGCCUUUAACUUCAUUGGAAACAAGUUUGUUAAGACUGUGCUGUGACAGCUGUCAGUGUGCAUUUAAAAAAACAUAAAAGUGGUGGAUUUUUAUGCAGCCAUUUUAAUACUGAAGAUGGAAGACGAUAUGCAACCUUUUCGUCCUAUUAUGCUUUAUUAUUUCAAGAAAAGUAAAAACACAACCGAAAUGCAGAAAAAGAUUUGUGCAGUGUAUGGAGAAGGCGCUGUGACUAAUCAAAGGUGUCACAAGUGGUUUGCAAAAUUAUGGUACUACUGACAUGUUGACCAAAUAAUUCUUUGUUGUGGGGCUGCCCUGUGCAUUGAUGAAUGUUUAGCAGCACUCCAGGCUUCUACCCACUAGAAGCCAAUAGAGGGAGUUGCAGACAUACUCAAAAUAUCUAAAUCAAUAAA